AUGAACUAUUUUAAUACUGCAGCCAGCUACCUGCGUGUUCCCUUUCUUGCCUCGUCUGGCCUUGCAGCGUUAAGCUCGUCACUGCUGUAUUUCAAGCAGAAUUCCCUUAUAUACCCAUCUUCCAUACUCAACUCUCGCGUUGAUGUGCCUCCACCAUCUCAGUUCAACAUCCGCGAUGCCGAGUCGUUACACAUCCCAACACCUGACGGAGAGACCUUACACGCCUACUACCUCAGACCACCGAACGCUCGAGUGCAAAAGAACGUGACGAUACUCGCAUUUCAUGGCAAUGCUGGCAAUGUCGGACACCGACUCCCUAUAGGCAAGGUUUUUUCCGAGUCACUUGGCUGCCAUGUUUUCAUGCUCGAAUACCGUGGCUAUGGUAAAAGUACCGGUACUCCAGACGAAGCAGGCUUGACGGUCGACGCGCAGACUGCCUUAGACUACAUACGCACACACUCGGAAAUGCAAAGGACAAAGAUCGUCAUAUACGGCCAAAGUCUAGGCGGUGCUGUGGCUGUCAAGUUGCUAGCAAAUAACCUCGAGAAGACUGCACAGGACGACAGAAGCGAGAAGCAGAAAGAUACCAGGAUCGCGGGUGUCAUAUUGGAGAAUACCUUCCUGUCUAUACGCAAGCUUAUUCCCACUGUGAUUCCACCGGCUCGCUACAUCAGCUUUCUUUGUCAUCAGAGGUGGCCAUCUGAGGACCUCGUACAGGCCUUGCCACAGGACGGACCGCCGAUCUUGUUUCUUUCAGGCCUGCAGGAUGAGAUUGUGCCACCAAGCAUGAUGCGGACUUUAUACGACCUUUGCAAAGUAGACCGAAGAACGUGGCGGACAUUCGAGAACGGUGAUCACAAUUCGACAGUGUCUGAGCCAGGCUAUUUCGACUCUAUAUGGGAUUGGCUCUCCGAAGAGGUUCUCAAAGAGGAAGAAAAGCAAAAGGGCACAGGCUACACGGAUGUGAAAGAGGAUGACCUGCGCGUACCUCCAUAG